UGACUUUAAAGUCAGAAUUCUGAGAAUAAAGUCAGAAUUCUGACUUUAAAGUCAGAAUUCCGACUUUAAAGUCAGAAUUCUGAGAAUAAAGUCAGAAUUCUGAGAAUAAAGUCAGAAUUCUGAGAAUAAAGUCAGAAUUCUGACUUUAUGGCAUGGGGUGGCGGAGGGAAAGUCAGUGUGGUGUGGUUUUGACCAGAGAGGACAUUAUGUCGUCAACGAGUGAGUUUUUGCGUGCCAGAGGAUUGCCGGAGGACAUCAUUUCACACUUGGAGGAGCAGGGGAUUGACAGUGAUGUCAUCGCACUGAUGGACGAUGCCGCUCUUGCCAAUUACAUCCCUCGCUAUGGAGACCGCAUUGCACUCUUUAAUUUUUGCAAGACGAAACAGCCUACAUCCAAAAGAAAAAACGGACUUUUAGAAAAACUACGUGAAAAAAUGAAACUCAGGAAAGACAGUGACAAAGAGGACACCACCUCAAAGACACAACCACAAGAGACAAAGAAGCAGAAAACAACAAGAAAUAUUGCGAUCGGAUGGAUACACAGUGAUGGAAAGAUGACCAAACAGGUGAGGGAGAAGCAGGGAGGGGGUACCAGAAAACUUCAUAUGUCCACAGAAGCUGGGUUGAAAGACAUUCUCAAGGAAGGAAAAAAACUAUUUUUCCCAGAUGGAAUUUCUUCCAAAGGAUCACAAUUGGACUUUGAGUUUGAGGUUUGGGAUUUCAAACAAAACUGCCUCACUGAUGACACCUGCCAUUCCAUCGGCUAUAUGUACGAGGCUGCAAAGCUAACAUUGUUGCGUUUUUACAUUGCAACAAGACCAAAAGAGAACCAAGAUGAUAUCCACACACACGAGGAAGUUACGUCAGACAAUGGCAGUGAAUACAAUGCCGCAGAAAGUGACGAGGUCUCUGUUUAUUCAAAUGAAGUCUACCAGCUAUUCAACAUUUCUGUUGAUUCAGAAAUUACCUUUGGUCCCACAUAUGACACACAGGAAGAUACAGAAGUCACAAUGAUCUACAAUGGUCCCGCUAUGCCCCUCAAUCCAUCUGAUCCACAAGAUGUGUUGACUAUAACUGUCCACUCCACUGACACAUUGAAUGAUAUGAUAAGAGCAUUCUGCAAAGAAGAAAUACUGAACAAACCACUCAGUGUGAAACGCAUACUCCCAGGUGAUAGAGAAGAAGCAGGUGUUGGGUCUGGAGUACUGAGAGAUGUUCUCACCUGUUUCUGGCAGGAAUUCUAUGACCGAUGCACCCUUGGUACAUCAAUUAAGGUGCCAUUUAUCCGUCAUGAUUUUUCUGCAGAAAAGUGGAAAGCAGUUGGGAGAAUACUUAUAAAAGGUUACCAAGAGUGUUGCUAUUUCCCAAACAAACUUGCGUUUCCUUUCCUCGAGCAAGUGCUUUUCAACUGUGUCUACAGUGAUCCAAAGGCCCACUUUCUGCAGUUUGUGAGCAGCCAGGAGCGUGACGUUUUGAUGGACGCAAUGAAAAACUUUUCAGAAGUGGACCAAGAUGAUCUUGUGGAAGUUCUUGACAGCUAUGGGUGUAGAAAGAUUAUCACACCUGAAACCUUCCCCACAAUACUGCAGGAAAUAGCGCACAAAGAGCUUGUCCAAAAGCCCAUGUUUGUUAUUGACUGCUGGAGGGAGGUUACUUUUCACCAUGACUUCAUAAGUCCUGACGCACUUAACAAGUUGUGCUCUGACUUGCAACCUACUUGCAAAAAGGUCUGCCAACUGCUGAAAUUUCCAAAUGAUUUAACCUCAAAGCAGAAGGAAGUGGUAAAUCAUCUGAAAAGGUUCAUCAGAGAGUUGGAUGAACUCAAGCUUCAGAAAUUUCUCCGGUUUUGCACUGGAUCUGAUCUUAUUGUCACCGACACCAUCCUUGUGGAGUUUCAACAAAUGACAGAGUUUAGUAGAAGACCAGUGGGGCACACGUGUGGAAAGGUUUUGUACAUUGCUGACAGCUAUGAAAAUUUCCCAGACUUCCGAUCAGAAUUCAAUGCCGUUCUCGAAAGCAAUAUCUGGGUCAUGGAUAUUGUUUAAUUCUGUCAAUAACCAUAACUCCGUUAAUUAUCCGUUGUAAGUUGCAUCAACACAACAUAUUUUGUUCACUGUUCGUAUUGGUCAAAUAGAAACAAACUUUGUAUUCGUUCCUUCACUGUUUUUAGAGUUUUAUAGAAACAGCUUGCAUUUGGCAUUGUGUUCCAGUUAUAUAAAAGUUCUAGGGCUUUCUUAAAAUGACCCAAGAUGUUAUGCAUAACCAUUGGAUGGUUGUUUUCAGCAGCUACAUAGUAUUAAGUGAAUGCUUCUGUAAUGAAGAGUGGUAAUAUUUUAUUGCAUUCAAUAAACUCACUCUUCAUCCACUAUGUA